AUGAAAAGAUAAAUAUUAAAUGAACAUUUACAAAUGAAAAAGAACAAGAGUUGUCAGAUUUCCAGAUCCUAAUAGAAUGAAUUUUCACUAGAACGAAUACAAAGUAUAUCAUAGAACAAAAGGAAUUCUGAUAAAGGGUCUAUGUAAAUUGUUGAAAUGUGGAGCAAGAAAAUGAAAAAACAAUGUAAUAGUUAUUUAGAGGUACUCAAACAGAAACAAUAACAAGAGAUGUAUUAUUAUAUUUCAUGUUUAUAAAAGAAUGAAAUUGAAUCAUGUUCCACCAAUAAUGUUGAAGAAUAUCGAUGUCAUGAAACGCAGUGAUAAAACCACUCUUCCGAGAUCAAGGAUUACAUCUUUCAAUUAACAGGACAUGAAUUUAAGAUCCAAUAAGGAAAUCAUUCAAAAGAAUGAAGAUCCAAUUGGAACUUCAAUUUUUAGCAAUUCUGGGAGGUCAAUUGCCUAACCUUUCUUUUUUUAGAGGCUCAAACUAUCACCAAUUAGAGAGGUUUAAAAUUGUAUUGAUCAAUGUGACACUCUUCUCCAUGAUGUCUAAAGUAUCAGUAAGUAAAUGAUAUAAAUGAAAAUAGGGAGUUUUAUUAGCCUAAACAAGAUAGGUUUAAAUUAUAUGUCUAAAAAAGAUAAAAGGAGAAACUCAAGGAAAUGUUUUUAUUAAGAAGAUUAUAGUGA